AUGUACUGUGACGUUGGGAAGACUGUGACAUUGAGGUGUAAGUAUACCACCAGUAGCUAUCAACCUUAUCUGUUCUGGUAUAGACAGUAUGCCAACCAGAUGCAGUAUAUACUUUACCGUGGAGCUGGAAGUGUGGCUUCUAUGGCACAUGAUGGAAAUUUCAAGAGUGGAAAAUUUAAAUCUGAGACCAGCGAAUCCAUUACCAGCUUAACUAUAUAUGACAUGACUGUGUCUGAUUCUGCUGUGUACUUCUGUGCUCUCAGAGAUGGUGCACAGUGUGACACAUACAUUGUAGACCCAUCAAUAAACCUCCUCCUCACUACCACUCUUCCACCAGCAGAUGGCAGAAUCUUAUAUAGUUCCAUCAAUAUAAAACAUCCUCCUCCCUACCACCCUUCCACCAGCAGAUGGCAGAAUCCAACUCAUUCUAAAAGGUUCACAUUUAUACCUUUACAUAUGGCUCUUGAAAAAAAUUCCUGCUUGCAGCAAUGUUUGGUUUGUUUUUAA